AUGUUCGCCAAAUCUUCCGUCCUUGUCUUCGCCGUCGCCGUGACAGCGGCAUACGCUGCCCACAUUCCAACUGCCCACAGCUACGGGACAGUGACAGCAGCGGAGCAUGUCGGCGAGACUGAGGGCCAACAAUUCUUGGUCACGGAUAUCACCAAACCACACGUCCUGGCCGGGUUUCAAGCCAACUUCUUUUCCCACGCCUGCAACGACGGCUUCAUCGGCCAGGUCCAAGGCACAGGCGGCGCCACCUGUGUCAAGUCGAUUCCCGGCACCAAGGCCAUCGCUCUUCUCAGCCAGCCAUUCGGAUGUCAAGUCACGGUUUACACGGACGAUAACUGCAGCAGCGGCGCUACACUUCUCAGCGUCGGGCAAUGUCUCCAGGAGACAGAAGUCGGAAUCCCGUCUUACUCCAUCGAUGGAAACUGCUAG